UUUCUUUUUCCCCUUUUUUUUUUCCCUUGUUUUUUUGUCUCUCUUUUUUUUUCUUCUUUAUGACACCUACUAUUACAAAAGAUUUUUAUCAUUUUGAUACAUUUCCAAUAGACCCAUGCGAAUCCAUUUUAGUCAAUCGAUACAAGAGUUCAAAGACAGGUCUUGUUGCUAUUCAUGCAGAUAUUCAAGGUCCACUUGUCAGCGGUUUCUUGACAUUGGCCACAAAAGUUACAAAUAAUGAUGGUUGUCCUCAUAUUCUUGAACAUCUUGUUUUCUUGGGAAGUGAAAAAUACCCUUACAAAGGCACUCUAGACUCACUUGCACCGAGAGCGUAUGCACCUGGUACCAACGCGUGGACUGAUAUUGACCAUACUUGUUAUACUAUAACUACAGCGGGUAGUGAUGGAUUUCUUCAAUUACUUCCUGUUUAUGUAGACCACAUACUAUUUCCAACAUUAACAGAUGAAGGGUUCUAUACUGAAGUUCACCAUAUUGAUCCAAAUGGAGAAGAUGCUGGUGUUGUUUAUUGUGAAAUGCAAGCAAGAGAGAAUUCAAUGAAUGAUAUUAUGCAACGAGCAUUACAACAAUUGGUUUAUCCUCAAGAAAGUGGGUAUCCUUUUGAAGCAGGCGGUUUGAUGAAAAAUUUGCGUGCAGUCAAGAUUGAUACAAUUCGAGACUACCAUCGUCAGUUUUAUACACCAGACAAUUUACGGAUUAUCAUUACGGGUAAAUUAGAUCGAGUUGGUUUGUUGUCAACAUUAGAACAGAUUGAUAUUGCCAUUAUGGACAGACAGCGUCAUCUACAGUGUCUCAAGGCCUCAACGAAUCCAUGGAUACCAGCACCUUUGAUUCCUGAUCUUGCCUAUAGUCAAACAGAAACAGUCUAUUUUCCUGAAUCGUCCUCGACCAUGGGUAAUAUUACAGUCACUUGGCUUGGUCCGAGAUGGAAUGCUUUCUUGGACGUUCAAGCCAUUCAUGUACUAAAUGCUUACUUGAGUGAAAGUCCUAUUUCACCUUUAAAGAAAUUGUUUGUUGAGCAAAGUGAUCCUUAUUGUACUGAACUUGAUUUUCAGAUACAAGAAAGGAGUCGUCUAUCUAUCACAGCUCAUUUUCAAAAUGUACCUUUGCAUAAAGCAGACUUAUUGGUGCCUAAACUUGUGUCAGCAUUAGAAGAUAUAUAUGCAACCCAAGCAAUCGAUAUGGAUCGUAUGAAAGUCUUGAUCUAUAAAGAAAAACUAAAAUUUUUGGAUGAUUAUGAAACAUGUCCCACUUUUAUGGUGGCUUUACCUGCUAUUACAGCUUCUCUUUAUGGCGAUGUAGCCAAUGAUGAUUUCAUAAAUGCUUUGCAACAAGCAAAAUACUUUGAUAUCCUCAUUCAUUUUACAAAACAAGAUUGGCUUGUUUUCUUAAAGCAACUUUAUAUAGAUACAGCCUAUACAGCUGUUAUUGGAAAACCAUCUGAUGAAUUAUCAAAGCAUUUGAUGGAACAAGAAGCCUAUCGAAUAGAAAAACAACGUACUUGCCUUGGAGAAAAGGGACUACGCUAUUUAGAUGCUAGACUAAAGCAUGCUACACAUAUCAAUGAAACACAAAUACCCUCAAAAAUCAUGGAAGGAUUCCCUAUACCCAGUGUCUCUAGUAUCUCUUCCAUUCAUGUAGUGACAGCCAAUAAUCCUUAUUAUUCAGUACUGGAAGACAAUCAAGUACAAGCGCAUAUUAAUCGAGAUGGUCAUCUGAAAGAGAUUCCUUAUUUUAUUCAAUACGAUCAUAUCCCUUCUGCCUUUGUGAAUAUCUCUGUCUAUCUGAAUACAGGAUCUAUACCUUCUUAUCUGAAACCCUAUGGCAGAAUGUACAUGGACACGGUUUUUGCUUCUCCUAUGCGCAAUAUAGAUUAUACAGAAGUAGUCCAGAAACUAGAUAUGGAUGUUAUUUCUUACGAUGCCUCUUUGGGAUAUCAAGGCUCAUUUCGAGAAUAUAUUGUGAUUACGAUUAAAGUAGAGUCCACCAAAUAUGCAGCAGGCAUCAACUGGUUAAGACAUUUGAUGUGGAGUAUUCAAUUCACUCAAGAAAGAUUGAUCGUUGCUGUCAACAAGACAUUACACGAUAUUCCUCAAGCGAAACGAAAUGGAAAAUUAUUGACUGACUGGACAAUGCGAGCCAUUCAUACAGACAUUCGGAAAUCAACAGAAGCGUCUUGCAGUUACCUUUAUCAAGACACUUUUCUUCCUCGUGUAUUAAAGGAACUCUUAAAGAACCCAGGAAGAAUCAUACAAGACAUGAAUGAGUUUAGAUCAAUCUUGUGUCGAGAUGAAAACCUUCGGGUCCAUGUCACUGGCGAUGUCUUGAGUCUAAAAAGACCCAAGAGCAUAUUUCGAUCAUGGAAAAAACAUGCUUUGAAGCACAAACAUAAACCAUUGCCUGCCGUGGUACGUUCAAGAGAUGCCUUUGGAUACUAUGGCUUAAAUCCAGGCAACUGUACUUCCAUUGUUAUAUUACCAUCUACCGAAAGUUCAUUUUCCAUUCAUUCCACACGAGGUCCUUCUGAUUUUGAUUCUAUAGAAAUUCCGUCGUUAUUAGUUUUGAUGGAGAUGUUACAUGCUAUGGAGGGUAUCUAUAGUCGCCUUGUACGCGGUCUGGGCCUUGCUUAUCGAUGCUGGCUCACGAAUGCUACUGAAGCAGGUCUCAUAUCACUCUGUAUUCUUCGGUCAACUAAUAUUACCAGUGCAUUUGAACAUAUCAAACAUGCUACACAUCAAUUAGCUACAGGUGAAACAGAAUUUGACUGUUUUGCAUUAGAAGGAGCCAAAAGUAGUGUGAUUUUUGAUAUGGCGAACUGUGAAAACACACGCCAAGUAGCAGCAGGACAAUCGUUUAUGAACAAAGUAUUGAAACAAAGUACAAGGCAAAAACUAGACUUGUUAAAAGCAAUACAGCAAGUCACUAUGCCGCAUAUUGUCCAAGUCUUGUUGACUUACAUCUUGCCCUUAUUUGAUCCAAAGCGUUCAAAUCAUGUGAUUGUGACAUCGCAAACAAAGAGCCAAGAAGUUGCUCAGUCGUUUUGUUUAAUGGGACAUCCUGCAAAAGUGAUCCAACUUGAAGAUGUAUAUGCUAAAAACAUCUUUCAGCAAGACUCAUUUAUUGAUUUAGCAUAAACAUUGUCUGAUACAACAAUAGAAUGCUAUUUUGUAUAUCUGAUAAACAUGAGUGUAGAAUAAAUGUUCAUUAAAGUCAGAAAAAAUAUAAUAUUUUCAUAACGACAAGUCUUCAAAAAUGGAGAUCAGAACUUUAAAAGAAAUGAUGGAUUAAAAGUACUCAAAAACGAAAAGAUAUCACAAAAGUCUAUUAAUAAAGUUGAUAGUUACAAGUAUGGACUAC